UGUAAAUGCAAUGUUGAUUUUUUUUGUCUCUCUCGGGGGGGAAGAGAGAGGGAUUCUAACCCAACAGUGCAACCCUUCCUCCCCUUCCCCAGCCCCGAAAUGUUGUCGCAUCCCCCCCUCCCCCGCGAUGCGACAAAGUUGUGACGCCGCAAACCUCGUAUUUCGGACGCACCCAAAAUGCGACGUUCCGUCGGAGUGCAAAUGCAACUUUAAGUCGCCAUCUUAAAGCUUCCUGGUUUUCCUGCAGGAACAGGUUAUAUAUGUAUUUUUUUAAGGCAGGGGAUAAACAGCCAGAGCACGAGGGUUGUCCGUGCACCCGCUCCCCGGGAGUUACGCCGCUGCUGCGCCCCAAUGGCACAAGAGGACGCGUUCCGCCGCCGCAAACUCAACUUCAACGAGGAUGAGACCGAGAUCCUGAUCCGGGAGGUCACACUGCACCAGGAUCAACUCUUUGGGAGAGGGGAGACCAAACUGCCCCCGGGCACCAAGAACAAGGUCUGGCUCUCCAUCCUGGCCAAGGUCAACGCCGUCUCCAAGUGCACCAGGGACAUCGGGGACAUCAAGAAAAGAUGGUACGACAUGUGCCACCGCACCAAGGACAAGGUGAUCAAGUUGGCGCAGGAGGCGUUGCGGAGCGAGAGGGCCGUCACCGGGACGCCCCCGCCUCGGCGACAGGAGGAGGAGGAGGAGGAAGAAGAGGAGGAGGACAAGCCCACCUCAGUGUCCCUUGGUCACCACCCAGCUGGCCCGGGCACCAGCGGAGGCGAGGACGGUGCUGAGCCCAGUACCAGCGGCGCCAGCCAGGAUGGCAGCACGGGCACAGCCAGCAGCCGACAUGCCGCUCCCAGCCAGCAGACGAAGACACCGGUACUGCCCCUCCAGGUGGCUUGGCAUGGCAGGCAGGUGCCACCAAUGCUCAGCCACCAAUCCGGAGUCCAGUGGCCGCCAGUCUUGCUGUUCACACUGGGCCAGAAUGCUACACGGAUCAGUACUCAGGACCGACCCCCCGACUAUCAAGCGGGCAACAGCUUCGAUGAAACCACUGUGAAAGUGAAACAGGAAGAUAUUAGUCCAAAUUUUGAUGCGGAUUAUUCUUCACCAGACAUUGCAUCACCACCAAACCUUCAAGAACAAAGUUCAUUCCGGCCUCAAGGGAAGAGGUUACAUAAGCAAAUUUCGGAUGAAGAAUUCUUCGGCAUCCAGGAGCAACACAAUGUAUUACUCGGGGAUGGCAAUAAGGAGUUGCAUGGCAUCAGGCAGGAAUUGAGAGAGCUACGUAGUGACCUUCAAGAAUUGGCUGCAGGCAUCCGGCAACCCUUGGACAGGCUGGCAGAUUAUAUCCAGGCUCUCCUUCCAUUGUUGCAGCACCCACCUCGUUCUCGCAUGAUGGAGAUGACCGACUCGUUUACACAGCCAGAUGAAGAAGAAACUAUGGGAUCUGGCUCUUCACUAUCACAAAGCCGACGGACUGGGUGCAAAACCUGCAAACGGCCAAAACUGGGGAUGUAACCAGUUUGUGUUAGGCCAGGGGAUUUUUGCUUCUUUGAUUUCCAUCUUUGGUUGGGUCAAGUGUUGUACCCCUCUAGGUGACUGCACAUCCUAUCUAGUGACUUCCAAAAGUAAGUGUUCAACACUUGGUUCUGUUUACAUUAUAGUGGUAUCACAAGGAUUUUAGGAAAACAUUAUAAUUAGAGUGUAAAGUGUUCAUGCGGUCUGCACUUAAACAAUGAAAAGAAAAGAAAUAACACAACAUAGUGUAGAUUUUGUGUUGUGGGCUGUGUCUGCAUGGGCUAUUUUGAUCUUGGGUGAAUUGCAGAUCUACAUAUCUGUGUGGUGCUGAGUAAUUCAAAAAGUUCCAUAUUUACAACAUAUUCACUUUGGAUGAUCUUUCUUCCAUAGUGUACUGGUGACAAAUUUGCUAAAUAUGACUUGUAACAACACAGAUUAAAUUAAGUGCCAGUGAUUCUGAACAACUUUUAACAUAGUUUAAAGAGUAUCGAAAACAGUAUUGUCUUCAUUAUGGGAACAAUAGCUAUGUGAUUGUCUUCUAAAAUAGUUAACAUCCUGGAGUUGGAGGCAGAAAGAAGAGAAUGAAUAAAUAUUAAAAAUUAAAUUAUUUGAUCAAUUUCAAUACACAAUCUUCAAACUAGUGGGGCCCAUGGUAAUGAGCAUCACAGUAGACUAGUUUUUACGUAGUUUGUUAAAGAAAUAACUUUAAAAGUUUACUGUCCAUACACAUUCGAACAAAUUACAUAUAAUUAGUCUGAUUGUACUCAGCCACCAAAAUUUUUAAUGUCAUUUUGAAAUUACUUUGGCAAAAUUUAAUUAUAUUUAUGAUAAAUUGGAACUAUCGGCAACUGAGAAAUAAGCAUUCUGAUCUAAAUUUAGAAAUGUUUUCAGCAGUUAUUCCCGUGAGACAGUCAUAGAGCCAUUGAGCAGAAAGAGACCCUUUAGCCCAUCACGUUGCUGAACAAAGAGACCUUGGGGGUGCAGGUUCACAGUUCCUUGCAAGUGGAGUCACAAGUAGAGGUGUAGUGAAAGUGAUGUUUGAAAUGCUUGCCUUCAUUGGUCAGGGUAUUGCAUAUAGGAAUUGAGAUGUCACGUUUCGACUGUACAGUACAUUGGUGAAGCCACUUUCAGAAUACUGCAUUCAGUUUUGGUCUCCCUGCU